AUGCGUUACGACCGCUACGACCGUUGUUACGACUUUAUAGUCACCGUGGUUACGACGCCAACUACGCCUAACUUCUUCUUCUUCUUCUUCUUCUUCUGCAUCCCGCCGCCAGCCCGCUCAGGGGGGCGGCGGCGCAGGCGGGUCGAGCGGCGGCUCGGUCCGCCCGACACCCUCGAUGAAGUCGACGACCCUCGCCGCCGGGCCGCCGAGGACGUCGACCAGGCGAGGGUCGACACCCCAGCGGCGGCGGCGGGCCGCCUCAUAGGCCGGACAAACGGUCAGCAGUACGGCGUGCUGGAGCGAUGUCGGCAGCUGAUAGAGGAAGGCUAUGACGUCAACCAGCGAGACUCCAUCGACGUCACGCUGCUCCACUGGGCGGCCAUCAACAACCGGAUGGCUCUGGCCUCCUACUACAUCGGACUGGGCGCCGAGGUGGACGCGCGUGGCGGAGACCUCAGCUCGACGCCGCUCCACUGGGCCGUUAGACAGGGCCACCUGAGCAUGGUGGUGCUCCUGACGCGCCACCGCGCCGACCCGCUGAUACGUGACGUCGAGGGGUUCGCCUGUAUCCACGUGGCGGCGCAGUGUGGCUUCACCAACAUUGUGGCGUACCUGCUAGCGUCGGCCGGCGGCGCGGGCGUCAACGCUCCGGACGAUAGCGGCAUGACUCCGCUCAUGUGGAGCGCCUACAAAACCAACGGGAUGGAUCCGACGCGUCUGUUGGUGACGUUCGGUGCCAGCACGUGCCUGCAGGACCAGCUGUACGGAAACACGGCACUGCACUGGGCUGUCACGGCGCGUAACGUGACCGCCGUACAGACGCUGCUACGGGCAGGCGCAGACACCAACGUCACUAACAAACAGGGUGAGACACCGUAUGACCUGGCCAAGCGACACAAGGUCUCCUGGAUGGGCAACCGAUGGCUGACGGAGCUGGAGCCUCCGGGCCGCGUGCGCCGCAACCCGUGUUCCCGGCUGGUCAACAAUCCGAAGGUGCAGUACUGGUCUGAGAUGCUGCUGCCGCUGGCGGUCUACUACGCCGUCGGACAGAUUUUCGCUCUAGACGUGGACGUACUGGUGAAGCUGGGGCUGCUCGUCGGCGUCUACAUCCUCUGCCACUUCCUCGGCAGAGCGCUGUUCCAGAAGGACUUUAUGGAAACCCUACCCAUGGCCAUAUACCUGGCUACGAAGAUAUGGUUCUACGUGACGUGGGUGGUGUGGCUGCAGCCAUACGUGGGGCCGGCCACCACACUCCUGUUCCUGGCCUGCUCGGGCCUCCUGUGGUGGGCGUUCAUACGCUGCUGGCGCGGCGACCCGGGCCUCAUGACAUCCACCCUCGAGGACAAGUGCAAGACGAUCGUCUCGCUCUCGGAGACGGAGGGUUUCAACAUGGCGCAGUUCUGCAGCACCUGCCUGAUCCGACGGCCGGUCCGCUCCAAACACUGCUCUGUCUGUAACCGCUGCGUGGCCAAGUUCGACCACCACUGUCCCUGGGUUAACAACUGCGUCGGUGCGGGUAACCACAAACACUUUGUGUACUACCUGCUGUUCCUGGCUGGCAUGUGCGUGUUCUUCCUGUACGGCUGCGGCGUGUACUACCAGCGAGCCUGCGCAGUGUCGUUCUACGACCAGGGCCUCUGGGACGCGCUGGCGACGAUGGCCACCUGCGAGACGUGGGUGUUCUGGAACGCCCUGAACGCCACCGUCCACACCAUGUGGGUAUCGGCGCUGUUCUGCUGCCAGAUGUACCAGGUUUCCUGGCUGGCGAUGACCACCAACGAACGGAUCAACGCCGGCCGCUACAAGCACUUCUCCGACCCCGACUCCUGUGAGCGGCGCUCGCCGUUCGACCGCGGACCCAUCCAGAACGCCGUCGACUUCUUCGGCUUCCGGUGUCUGGGCGCGUGCAAGCCGAGCUGCACAGACUGGCGCUCCGUCUAUCGGCUCGACGAGGCGAUGCCCAGUAAACGCGGCGGUGUAACCCAGGCUUGAGCCGACUGGGCUGAGGGAGCGACUCCGACUGCUGACAGCGGAGCGGGCAUGGUCAGACGCCGGCGCCGCGGCAGCGGGUCGGGCGCUGACCGUGAUGUGCGCCCCACCGGGACAGCAGUGGGCGGGCAGUGAUUUCUGCUCUCGGCCAGGAGCAGACGUGUUGGGGUGCUUAGUGUACUUCCUGAGCUGGCAGAAUUAGUGUCAACUACUCCUAAUCUACCGAUAGUUCUGCUCUCCCUGCUCCUCUCCCUCAGCCCUUAACGCUUAGACGGCGAUUCCCAUACUUUUCCUAGCUUUGGUGCAUCAUUUCCCUCGGUUUGCCGCCUCUCCAUCCGUGCUCGCUAGCCUUAAGUGCUCUACUCAGCCCUCAGCAACCGUUACCGACUGGCAGUGGGCGGGGCCCAGUGGUGUCGUAGAUCUCAAACCAUCAGGUAGGUUACAAGGCGGUGCGACUAGGUAGUAGUCACAGUCCCAGUCUCUGUCCUACGGCUAGUGGGCCGCCGCGGUGAAUUCGGGGUCGAAUCGGCCACCUUAUCUCGAUCCUGCUAGUGUGUGCUAUAGCUGAACAGUGCUCAGUACCGGCUCAUAGGGUAUUCCGUAAGUAUUGGAACACGUUUGUACCGAUUAAAGCGUGUACGGAUGUUCUUUCUUCUUUGAUUCGCGAGUAAGUGUAGCGGUUGUUCCAUUCCACACACCGGCAAACAUGGGUAAUUGCGCAUAUUUCCUGUGCAUGCUGAACCACCUAGAAAACCGCAGUUAAAUCUGUUCCGCUAAACGUAGCUGGCAAGGAAGGCCGUAUGCUUGAAAACCUGUGCUAAAGAGCUUGUUGGACACUAUUUAUAGCCGAAUCAUGCAUAAUUACAUAGUGGUGUGUGGAUGGAAAUUGAUGACAUCGAGUCUGCAUUUGUGGAAGCGCGCGUCGUUUUGUGGAGCACGCGGCUUGAUGCCUAAUAAUAGUCCAGUCAGGUCCUGCGUCGAUGUCACUAUGUACUCAGUCACGAUCGCGCACGCUAUUUCGUCAUAACGUCCGUCUCAUUGUCCAUUGCGCACAUUAUUGUUUACCAUCAUGUUGUUUGUGUUGGCUUCCGUGAGCGCACAUCUUGUGUGUAUGUCUGUGGUAAUGUGCAUCGCCUUCAUUGUCCGCUUGUCCGUGUGUGCAGUGUGACGGUUCGGUCCGUGGAUGGACGGAGCUGUGCAAUGAGUCAGGUCUGUCGACCGACUGCGCAUGAGCGGAUAGUCCUCAACUGACAACCGCAUGAUGAACUGUUGUCGGUAGUUAGUCGGUGGACUGUCGGCUGGGCGUAGCUGGUCUCGCGUUAUUUGCCGUCACUUUGUGGCCGCGAGCUACCAGCUAAAGACUCACAGAGGAUCAUUCCAGAGUGUCGGCGAUGUGAAGCAAUAGGCCGAUGGCGCGUGUCGUGUGAGGUGCCCGCGGGGAGCGUCUGUUUGGGUCAGUGUGUGUAUGUGCGUGCUGUGAGCGCGCCUGGCGCCCAGGAGCGCGGUUCUAGUCGCUGGAGGAGCGGUCGGCCAGUGGGCGGUCAGCUCCGCGCAGUUAUACCGGGUGAAGGCCCCGCCGGCCCGGCAUAUCUUCGAAAAUAUACGUAUACGCGCCUA